AUGAGGUCACUCACUGGCUGUGGCCUUAAAGAAAGCUUUGAGACAGUGGAAUGGCCUUUCAACGGACUGAUGGGAAUUAGUUCCAUAUAUACUGGUGUGAGAACAGCCUCAGCUACAAACUCAAACAGCCUCAUGGCUUUUCCAGCAUCUGAAGUUGUAGUGCUUGGGUUUGUGCUUACUGUGGCCUUCUCACUUGGUGCUGAAUCAAGAGGUGGUGAAAGAGGCAUGUUGCAGGACAUGAUCGAACCGUCUUCGGAGGAGUUCUUCAUCGAGGGCAUCUCCAGCCCCAUCGCUGAGCAGCUGUUCGACUUCUGCGACGACGACGGCGGCGGAGCCGCCGGCGAGCUUUUCGGCCGCUCUGAUCACCAUCAUAACCAAUCCCUCCUCCCUACCUACGAGGACGUCUCCUCAUCCUCGUCCUCAUCCGCAGCCAGAACCGCCACCGCGGCCAAUACGUCUCUCUGCUGCUACCCCGGCGACGCCGCCCCAUUCUCCCCCUUUCCCUCCCUGUACGCCCUACUUGACGCACCUCCACCGCCCCCCGACCCCGAGCCCGACCUCGCCCAGUGUCGUUCCUCGUCCUCAUCAUCUAACCCCCCUCCUCCUCCUCCUCCUCCUCCUCCCCCGGCACUGUUCCCGGUCUCGCCCACGCCGCCGUACGUCGGGGACCCGUUCGACCACAUCCUGCUGACGGAGGCCAUCCCCGCUGGGUACUCGCUCGACCGCGGCACAGUGGUCUCGGUGCCGGCGGCAGGGGGGCCACCGAGCCGGCUGCAGCACCCGCAGACGGCGUACGAGGAGCAGCGCUACGCAGCGGCGGUGGCGAUGCAGCAACCGCCGGAGCUGGCGGGGCUGGAGGCGCCACCGUGCGGGUUUCUCGAAGGCGUUGGCAUGGGCGCGGCGCAGUAUGGCGGUGGCAGAGGCGAGACGCAGGGUUUCUUCGGGAUGGCGGCGGUGGGACCGGACGCGGGGCUUGCGGGCCUGAGCGACAUGGCAGAGGGCGGAGGCCUGUGCUCGUUCGGGCAGGACGCUUUGCCUCGCUUGUACGGCUCCGGCGACUCGCAGGUAAUUGGCGGAGGCAACCAGCUUCUAAUGGUUGGAUGCAGCGGCAAUACGUUGCCGCUGCCGGCAUCCGACAUGUCACCCUUGGACGAAUCCACCUACAAGGUCGGCCGCUUGUCAGUGGAAGAGAGGAAGGAGAAGAUUCACAGGUACAUGAAGAAGAGGAACGAAAGAAACUUCAGCAAGAAGAUCAAGUAUGCCUGUAGAAAAACUUUAGCAGACAGCAGACCUCGAGUCCGAGGAAGGUUCGCAAAGAACGAUGAACUUGGAGAGGUAGCACGACUGAGAUCCAGCAACCAUGAAUUCGACGAUGAGGAAGAAAUGGUCAUUAAAGAAGAAGAUAUCUUUGACUCCACUGACAUCCUGGCACACAUCAGUGGAGUAAACUCAUUUAAGUACAACUACACACUAGAAUCCUGGAUAUGA